AUGAGGCUACUCAAUGCUCAUACGCUCAAGCUGGAGCUCUUCCACGACCCGGAUGCACAGAACGUUAAAUAUGCCACGCUGUCGCAUACAUGGGGUGAAGAUGAGGUUAGCUUCAGCGACAUGCAAAAUCCUACGGCUGCGGAAAAGAAGUUGGGAUUCGCAAAGAUACGCUCAGCCUGCGAAAUGACGAUCGACUAUGGUCUGAGCUACGUCUGGGUGGACACUUGCUGUAUAGACAAGUCAUCUAGUGCAGAGCUCUCUGAGGCCAUCAACUCCAUGUUCCGCUGGUAUAAGAAUUCGGCUUUCUGCUUCGCUCAUCUUUCUGAUCUACGACCAGAUCAGACUGCUGGGCAAUCUGUUGACAAAUCUGCUCUUGAGAAUUGCAGAUGGUUCACUAGAGGGUGGACUUUACAGGAGCUCAUCGCUCCGAAGGAUUUGGUCUUUUUUGACCAAAAUUGGAAACGUAUCGGAACCAAAAAUGAUCUCAAAGGAGUGAUCCAGGAUAUCACAUGCAUUAAUCACCAGAUACUGGAUGGAUCAUGCCCUCUUUCAUCCGUCGCAAUUGCGAAACGAAUGUCCUGGGCCUCCAAUCGGGAGACAACCCGCGUUGAAGACGAGGCCUAUUCUCUCCUGGGAAUUUUCGAUAUAAACAUGUCGAUGAUAUAUGGCGAAGGGCCUAGAGCCUUCAUUCGGCUACAGGAAGAAAUUCUGCGCAUGACGACUGAUUUAUCCAUAUUCGCAUGGCGGACCCCCAACCCUGACCCUUUGUAUGGCUUACAUACAUUUCGAGGUCCUCGCGGUGAGCCUUACCGAGGCAUAUUUGCAGAAUCUGCCGCCGAGUUUCGGUCCUGUGGCUUUAUCGAACUUAAUAAAGAUCAAUUCCAAUUUCGUGGCGAAAUCAGUCUCACAAACAGAGGGGUAAAGAUCCAUACAGCGAUAACUCAUCUUGACGAUGACAUGUUCAUGCUGGAUCUACAUUGUUACGAUCUGGCGUCGCAAAAAAAACCAGAACGUUUGUGUAUUUAUUUGAAGAGCGAACUGGACACAUUUUAUCGAGAGUCCCCUUCGCUUCUUUCUACAAGGGUCCCAACGAUUGCGGCUCCCGCCCCUCGCACGAUAUAUCUUGCACGAACCGUGGGUGACAAAUUCCGAGGAACGCUCUCAGAAGCUAUGGAGUUACGAAUCCGUUUCAGCUCUGAUGAAGCCUUAAAGGGAUCUUACGCCGUCGACAACAUGGCUGCUGUUCCGGAACUAUUCUGGGACCAGCCUCAGCUGUGCUUUUCUUUUCCAAGCUUUUCUCACUUCCUGGGUUUUGUGCGUUUCCGUAUCGCUCCGUUCAAGUAUCCCUCCCACCUGAACCGGUCUUUGCUCCUGGUUUGCAAUCUAGUUGAUAGUGCAGAAUUACGCAUCGGUUUUCGCGAGGAACAUGAAUUCCAAAGUAUUUACGAGGGUGGGGAAUGUCGGACGGCUAUUAAUCCCUUUACCAACAUUGAAGACUACGGCCCUCUUGGAGAUCCCUUUAGUCUUAACGCUAUAUGCUCGGGCAAGAGCAGCUCGGCAACAAUUGCCUCAGGCGACUUUUGUCUUCGAGCGGAUCUAGGCAAGUCCAAUACCUCGCACUUUGAAAUCAACGUUCAUAUUGAAGUAAGGGACUUCGGAUCACUUGAUGACAUAUACAAGUAA